CAGGAAAAGAUGGCCUCAAUGUGCGUGCACAAAACAAAAAUAUACUUUUGUUGAUAAACGGCGCUGCGUGACGCAAAGGUACUUGAACCGCCAGUGAUCACAUAGGUGUUAUGUGCCACUGAUUUUGUCCUUCAAUCUACCGAAUUCCAACGGCACCAUCUCCGAUUUCGUGUUCGGUUCGGCAACACAGCGUUCGUGUAUAUUUUGUAGGUUGCUUGAGCACUUGUGCCACUUGUUUGUCAUUUUUGGAUUAACAACUCGAUGCGUUUCUGAACCCGUCAUAAGUUUUGAGGUAUUUGGAUAAAUAAUCUUUGCGAGAAUUAUUUUAUUCUUUGGAGCCUCGCAUUUUUAAUGCAUUUUGAGGUUCUUUCAAUAUUGAGCAAGCAGAAUAGUAUUAGUAUGAAGUCCAAAACAGAUUUUGAACCAGUCGAUAAACCUCGCAUAAAAUCGGAAGUCACUUAUCCUGACUUUGUAGCUGAUUACGAUAGUUGUAGCAUCAAAAUUGAGGAAGCUAAAAUCGUCAAACAGGAUAAUGAUGACUUUGAAAAAACUACACAUCAUUUUAGUGUGGAAAAGAAAGUUGUUGAUAUCAUAGAAAUGAAGACUGAACAUUCAGUAGAUACAAGUCCUGUAGAGGAACCAGAUAGCUUGAGUUCCAAUAAAACAUAUUCAACAUUGCAUAGUGUCAAAGAUGAACAGUGGGAUGAAAUUAACCAGGUGAAAACGGAAAAUGGGUUGGUAGUUGAGGUUAAAUCUGAAAUUCCAGAAACUGUGAACAGCACAGAGUUAGAAAAUAUGGAUACUUUGAUGCUGAAUGAAGAGUUCGACAUCAAAUAUGAACAUGAAGAUUUAACAUGGGACAGUGCCCAAAUGAAUAAGUGGAACAGGGAACAAAAAGAUAUACAGAUCGAAGAAGAAAAACAGUUGUUUAGCUGCUAUAAUUGUAACUAUACCGACGAUUGCAAAAAGGGCUUGAUCGUUCAUGUCAAAAAGAACAAUUGUCAUUUAGAAUCAAAUUUGGGAAAAUUACCGUCUGCUUCCAGGAAACAGUACCGACUGAAUGUUUGUAUCAAAUGUAAUGAGGUGUUCAAACGCAAAGCGUUGCUGGUUGAUCAUAUGGUUAGAAAACAUGCCGAAUAUACUGCGUCAGCUUCAUCUAAAAUAUAUCAAUGCAAAUGGUGUGAUUUGAUAUUCGUUGAUACACGUCAAUUAACUAGACAUAUGCUAACACACAAUAAUGCCAAAGCUUCUGACCCGCACAUCUGCAAACAUUGUAAUACGUCAUUUAAAAAAAGGCAAUCGCUCUUUGACCAUAUUCUAAAGAAACAUCCCGACUUUAGCGAAACAGUUUCUAGUAAGAUAUAUGAAUGCACUCAUUGUGCAUUCAAAACAACCGUAGGCAGCCAUCUUACAAGGCACAUAGCAACACAUACUACUCAAAAACCCUUCGAGUGUAUGAACUGUAAUGCGUCAUAUAAAAAUAAGCUGUGCUUGGAUCAUCACAUUGUGAGGAAACAUCCCAAGUUUGUAGCUUCCGUGUCUCAUAAGAUACACGAAUGUACGUAUUGUGAAUAUAAAACUACGUACGCGCACGCUCUAGCUAUGCACAUGAUGAGACAUACUGGAGCCAAGUUCCCGUGCACGAAUUGCGAUUCGUCGUUUACAAGUAAACGAUCGUUGGACAACCACACUUUACACGAACAUCCCGAGUUUACUGCUUAUAUGUCUCAUAAGAUACACAAAUGUACACAUUGUGAAUAUAAAACAACGCGCGCGGGGGAUUUAACUACUCAUGCCAUGAGACAUACUGGAGCUAAGUUCACGUGUACGAAGUGUGAUGCGUCGUUUACAAGCAAACGCUCGUUAGACAACCACACUUUGCACGAACAUCCCGAGUUCGCUGCUUCUGUCACCCAUAAGAUCUACGAAUGUACAAACUGCGAAUAUAAAACUACGCGCGCAAAGGAUCUAGCUGGACAUAUGAUAAAACAUACCGGAGCUAAGCUGACGUGCGCAAUGUGUGACGCGUCAUUUACAAGUAAACGAUCGUUAGACAACCACACUUUGCACGAACAUCCUGAGUUUACUGGUUCUGUCACUCACAAGAUACGCAAAUGUACACAUUGCGAAUAUAAAACUACAUUCUUCCAUAGGUUAGCUACGCAUUUAAGAAAACAUGCCGGACCGUUAACGUGUUCGGAGUGUGAUGCGUCGUUCACAAUCAAACGGUCGUUGGACAACCACAUUUUGCAGAAACAUCCUGAGUUUAUCGCUUUAGUCUCUCACAGGAUACACGAAUGUACACACUGCGAAUUUAAAACUACAGUCGGGCAGUCUCUAGCUAGGCAUAUCAUGGAACAUACUGGAGAUAAGUUCACGUGUUCAACGUGCGAUGCUUCAUUUAGAAGCAAACUAGGAUUGGACAACCAUGUUUUACAAAAACAUCCGGAGUUUACCGCGUCCGUUUCUCAUAAAAUACGCGAAUGUACCCAUUGCGAAUAUAAGACUAUAUACAUGAGGAAUUUAACUAUGCAUAUGACGAAACAUACUGGAGAUACAUUCCCGUCGUGAAGACUCGCAGAGUGGCGGUGAAGCCGAAAAUGUCGACGAUGAAGUGAGCUAGUACACUGCGCAGCAAAUAAAUUUCAGGUUCUGCUCAUGUGUCAACUCUUGCUGCAGUCAUCAUCAGUGUAAAAAAUCUAAUUUUGACAGUUCGUAUUGGGUUUUCAGAGUAUAAAUAAUGUUGGAACAGGCAUUAUUUCGAGAUUUCUGAAGUGAUCUUUACAAGAAUACGAGGGAUGUCUUUUAAGUGUUGCAUAUAGAAACAUAGUAGGCCGCGCGGAUCGAACGUCAGUACUGAAUCUUAACCUCACUCUUUAGUAAACUUAAAUUCAAAGUUUCACAACAAUACGUGCAGUGUUCUCACUACAGUGAAUUUUUAAGUGUCACCAAGUCAUUAGAAAAAUGGAACUCCACCGAGAACAUUUUCGCGCCAUAAUUUAUUACAACUUUCAGAGACAAUUAUCGCAACAAGAAUGCCUUGCUGAGUUACUGUCUGUUUUCGGCAACGAAGCGCCACAUCAGUCGACAAUUUCCCGUUGGUAUGGAGAAUUCAAACUUGGACGGGUGAGUCUUAGCGACGAUCCCAGGGUGGGUGCACCAGAAACGGCAGUCACCCAGGAAAACGUCGAUGAUGUGCGCAAACUCGGAAUACUUCGAAAAACAAUAAAGUCAUUUAAAACUACCUACCGUGUUGUUUUAUUUCCAUAUGCUAAACUUAAAAGACAUCCUUCGUAUAGAUCAUGGUUCGUAUGGCUUUCUUCUGAAAUUAGUUUUGACAACGCAUGCGCGUUGGAGAGCUUCACAAUCGGGUGUCAAACCGUUGGAAAUGUGAUGCUAGAACAUUCCUAAUAUUAUAGAUUGGCAGUUGUAAAUUUAACUGCCGUCAUUCGUUAACUGCAUAGGCCAACCAUGAUCUAUUAACGUCAAUAGUUGUUCUCCCUAUACCGGAUGUUUCAAAUAUUCGACUCUCACGAUUGGGAUUUCGGAAACGGCUUGAGAUACGAAGUGGCUAAGAAAAUGGUAAAAGUUAUAAAAAUAAUAAAAAAGUUAUGCAAUUUAUUAUGAGAUAAUAAUUAAAUAUCCGACGAAUGUCAUAUUUAAAUUCUGUUCAUGCCGAAAUUGCCAAUGGUGAAAGUCAAACUUGAAACAUCCGGUAUAGUGGGUAAAUGCCUUUAUCCUUGUUAAUCAUUUAAAAUACAUUUUGUGUGGUACAGAUUCCGAUACUGUGCUUUAUGAAUAAAGAUUCGUGCUAUCUGC